AAAUCCGGGCCGCCGAUGGGGGCCGGGCGCCGCUGCAGGAACGCCAGCCAUGCGAAAUCCCCAGCGCCGCUCCCCGCCACAAGCCCAAGCAGCUGCCUCGGCCUCGUCCCUCCAGAGGCAGCUCCGCCGCACGUGCUCGAGCACCGCAGCCGCCGCGCCACCAUGGCUGGCGCGCCGCCGCUGAGGUCGGACCUCGACUUCGCCGACGUCUUCGGCGGCCCGCCGCGCCACUCGUCGGGGAACGAGCACCGCUCGCGCCGCGGCUCGCUGGACAGCUCGUCGUUCGGGUCGUCCGCGCCCAGGGCGCGGAGCGGGGGAUCGGAGGCGCCCGUGUUCGGGGAGCGCGUCAGCUCCGACCGGAGGAGGCAGCUCGGGGAGGAGUUCUACAAGGACAUAUUCCCCGGGAGCGAGGCGGCGUCGCCCAGACGGGGCGGCGUCGGGGACUGGGGGGAUGUGUUCGGCGGGCUGGCGUCGCCUGGCUCCACGGCCCACCCGCGAUCGAGCUUCUCCGUGAGGCCCAAUAGAGGCGCAGACAGUUCAAUGCCUACUUCUCCCUCUCGGCAAACAUCAACCAGAAAUGAUGAUGGGACUUCUUAUGCUUUCAGUAUUCCAACUUCACCGAAUGAAUCCAUGGACAAUUAUUUAGCCCAAGGGGCAGCCCAACAAGAUUCAAGGAAGAAGCCCUUUUCAUGGCAUCGCUAUCCAUUUCUAUCUAGGUUCCGUUCUCAAAGUGGAGGAAAGAAAAACACAUCUAACUAUGUCAGCUCCGUGGAUAGUGAAUGUGAAGGUACUCCUAUUAGCCUGGAAAGUAUUAUGGCCAAUGACAGGUUCCAUUUUUCAUUCUAUAAGUGGGCGGGCAAAGGAGCCUUGUUAGUGCUGCCGGCUACAGCAGGAGAAAAAGCUGGGGACAUUAUUGGACUCAGAAAUUUUCCUCAAGUUGUUGUGCAAGGCAUUGACCUAGGCGAUGACGAAGACAGCAUGUCAACUGCCACUGGAGCAUCGAAGAGUCAACCAGAGUAUGAAGAUUCCAAAUCGGGAAAACAUAGUACAAACUCAGCAACCAAGGAAGGAGCUAUUCCUUUACUCUUUGAUGAGUACAUGCAAGGAAUGAAACAGGGCAAUGAUUAUACAAAGAAUGAUGCUUCAUCACCUAUCCCGAGUACUAAAAGUUCUCGAUCACCUUCAGGAGAUAAAAGUCGUAGUAGCAGGGUAAAGGAAAAGGUUAAGGGUUUCAUAAAAUUAUUUAGCCCUGAGAGUUCACCAAAGCGCAAAAGAGCACCAGAAAUGCCAGACCAGACAUCUGUGCGGAAAAAUGGAAGCAAAAGUGAACUGCAAGAUAAGUUUAGCAUUUCCAAUCUGGAGGCCAAUGAGAAUGUUGAAACAGCCCAAAUGAACAAUCGGAAUGCAUUUAUACCUGCACCUUAUCCAGUGAGUGAUGUGCAAGAGCGGAUGGACAAACCAGUCCUGAUAGAUAAUAGUAAAAUGGAGACAAAAAUGAAUACAAUUUCAGGGAGAAAUGAAGCUGCUUCUAAUGAGUCAAUAAAUGAUGAUACAACAGACAAAGCAGACACCACAAUAGAUCAAGAUGAAAGAUACAUUGAAGAUCUUGAUGGUUGUGUGGUUGAGCAUGUCUCCGAAUGUCCUGUUCUUCCUGAUCAUCAGGAAAAGGAGCUAAUAAAGAUAUCCGAAUCUAAAAUCCGUGAAUGGUCAAGGGGAAAAGAAGGAAAUAUUAGGUCAUUGCUUUCGACACUGCAAUAUGUCCUGUGGCCUGAGAGUGGAUGGAAACCAGUUCCUCUUGUUGAUAUAAUCGAAGGAGCAGCAGUCAAGAAGGCUUACCAGAAAGCAUUAUUAUGCCUCCAUCCAGAUAAGUUACAGCAACGAGGAGCUGCCACCCAUCAGAAGUAUAUAGCAGAGAAGGUUUUUGAUAUUCUACAGGUACACUGGAUUUAUCACAAGCGUAUUUCUGAUUUACAUAGGAGUUGGAUAGUGGAACGAGCUGAUUUGAGACAUACGGUAUUUGACAAUGGAACUAUGGAGCCACACUGCCUCCAGGAAUCAUGGAAUGAGUUCAAUUCAGUCACUUUUGGAUAGUAGUAGCUUAAUCAAUUAUUACAAUCUACUCCCAUCACAGACAUGUUUUCAGUGUCUGCAGCAGUUGGUUGAAACAACCUACAGCAAUAUGUAGCAAAAAGGCAACCCAAGAGAGUUGUUGUCGAGCAUUAUGAAUUUAGAUGUUACUGCAGUCGCAGGCAAUGCUGCCCUCCGACCUUUGUUGAAAAUAUCCGAUUGUAAAAAAUAUAAUAUGUAUCUGUUAGGUCUAUUGUAUCCAGAGGCCUGGAAUAUCACACGAGGAAUGCUUCAUGUGCUGGUUUUUCGAUACUGUUGAAGAUCGGGCAUAAAAAUGUUAUAAGUACUCUGUUGGUAUUGGGUUGUGUACCAUGCUCAUUUAUUUGUCAGAUGUAGUAUCACAACACCAGAUGAAAACGGAGAUACCAUUUGUUUUCAA